UCUAUGCAAAGUCUCUGACCAUGGGAUACAAAGGAUGGACCAUAAAAACAUUUCUUCUACUUCAUUUGCUAAUAUUCAGUGUAGAUCCGACAAAAGAAGAGGUUGACAACAAUUUAAUCAUCAAGACGAUUCAGACCGCAGAUGGGCAAACCUUUGCCUGUGUUAGUUUCAAAUCGCAACCAUCCUUGAGGCAUCCUUUGCUGAUGAAUCAUACCACUCAGUUGAUGCCACCAAUUUCCUUUCCUCACAGUACCGAUGAUGAUGAAGGAUCUAAAUUUGGCAUCUCUAAUGUUGAGAUGAGCGAAAUUGAGUGUCCCCCAGGGACGGUGCCAAUCCUAACAAGCUACAAUGGAUCCAUGAGUACAAGAUCAUUCGAUAAGAUUAUAUACAGUGAGAACAGAAAUGACAAAGGAAAUAGACAAAUGGCUGCAGUUGUUAUAGUGCCAUCUACUUUUUACGGACUACAAACAUCAAUUUCAAUAUGGGAAACAGAUCUUGGUACAGGACGUCCACCAAGGUUUAGUGGGGCAAUUGUUGUUCUAAAAAAUGGAGGAAGUCGUGUAGCUGUAGGAUGGUCUGUUGAUCCACAUCUGUACGGAGACAAUCUUGUUCAUUUCGAGAUCGCGUGGGUUGAUAAUGAUAAGUCAUGUAUCAACCUUCGUUGUGCGGGGUUUGUUCAGAUGAGCAAAAAGGCAAUCCCUGGAAUAAUAAUCAGGCCAGUUUCCACUGUCAAUGGAAAACAAUACAUCAUUAGAGUUAAGAUUAUUAAGUUCAUGGGAGACUGGGUGCUGAAAGUUGGAGAAGAAAUAGUGGGGUACUGGCCAUCAAAGCUCUUGACUCACAUGUCUGAAGCUGCAGACGUGAUCAGUUGGAUGGGUGUAGUAGAAGCUGCUCCAGGGGAACCUUUUCCUCCCAUGGGCAGUGGCCAGCCUGCUGAUGAAGGAGAGACAAAGGCCGCUUUCUUCGCCGAUGCGAAGGUGAUCGACGCGUCGGGAAGCUUUGCAACUCCUGCUCUCAAAACAAUCAACACGGUUGCAACUGAGCCAAACUGCUACGAUGUUGGGCGUCCUUACACCACGGACGAUGGCUUGCAGUUCUACUAUGGUGGAGCGGGAUGCUCACCGAGUCAGCCCAUCAAGUGAUUGUUCGAAGCAUUUGAUCUGUAUUUGCUUCGGCGACUAUACUGCUACUGUAAACAUCGAAUAAUCUUAGCAUGUUUUUGUUGA